CAUAGCCAGGCCAGCAAGCGGUCUGUGCGCUCUGCAGCGUCGAGAGCAUGGGGCUCAGCUCCGCUUGUGACGUAGACGUAGCCCAGCGUAUUAAAAUUUCUUAGUCCAAAGUCGCACGACGCCCCCUACAGGAUUGCUUCCCUUGGUUUGACCAAUCCCUCUCCGUUGUUUCCCCCCAAAGCUAAGAAAAUGGCUGCCCCACCGGAGCGAGCUGGCGUCGUACGGGACGAAGCUACAGGUGCAAUGAGAAUGUUGCCAGGAGAACAAAUGAAGACUGAGAUAUACUGGGAUAGGGCAUUGGAAGAAUCAACAGGACCACAUAUGCAUAUGGGGCAAACUAUGCAUCAUGAUAACAGGGGUGGCAUGAGGCAGAUGCACACUUUGACGAAUGUCCGGAGCAAUCCUAUGCCUGAUGAGUAUGUGGAUGACCGUGACUCCACUUUUGACUCGUAUGCUAUGGAUAAGGAUAGGAUGAAAUUUUCUUCCCUCACCAAGUUCUUUUUGCACAGAGCAGAAAAAUCACAAGCUAGACCAAAUCACGAACAACAAGAGCAGUUGUACAUGGAGCCUCCCAGCAUGCCAGUGUCGUCGGAGAUGAGGGAGGAGUUUGUUCCCCCAAAUCUAGAGCAACUGAGAGACGUUACUCCAGCGCCAACCAUAAGUGCACCCUCACCACCCAAGAAGGGCAGAGGAAGACCGAGAAAACCAGACUCCAUGAAACGAAAGUCACAAGGUGACGGGCCGGUUAGAAAGAAGGCCACGCCUCUGUCUGCACCGACGCCAAUUGACUGCCCAGAAAGAGUUGCAGAAAUUAUGGCCCUUGAAAAAGUUGACGCCGUUACCUUAGCCUUAGAAAUGGGUUACACAAAUCCAUAUGAAAAAAUUGGAGGUGGUGGUGGCGAUAAAGAUGGUAAAGAUAAAGACAGUGAGCAUGAUGAUGAGGAAGGAUCUAAGAAAAUUAGCCCUGUCGAAAAUAUUCAGCAAGUUCUGGAUUAUCGUAAAUCAAGUGGGUGUGCAUGUUUGUCUGCUCUUACAUUACAGGAUGUGGCAGCGCAUCGUCUGGAAAUUGCAAGCUUAGACCGGCAGUCUCGAGACUUUUUCAUCAUGGGACUUUUUCGGGGUGCUGCUGUUCCAACAACAAUAACCACCAGAAACAGUGAUCGGCAGAGAUACAGAUUCAACUAUCGUCUCCUCAACACUCGCAUUUGUCAAGUUUGUUUUCUCUUUGUGAACAAUAUUGGUGCAAAAUAUAUGAAAAACUUAAAGAAACAUUUCAACGAAAUGGGAGUCCGAUCAAGAACUCAUGGGAAUCAAGGGAGAAAACCUCACCAUGCACUCCGUUCUGACGAUGUUGAAAACGUUGCAGAUUUCAUUAUCAAGUAUGGCACAAUACACGGUGCUCCUGGAAAAGCCCCAAAGGGCAAAACUAAAAAGACCAAAGCCAAAGGAGUUAUACGCCUUCCGGCUGCACACACUUUUACAAGUGUUUAUAAAGAGUAUAAAGAACUUUGUGAGCAUACAGGAAAAAGAGGAAUAGCUGCUUCAACCUUCAGGAAAAUCUGGAGUUCCCAUGCUCCGCACAUUAAAGUGGUGCAGCAUAGCACCAAUAAAGAAUCUCCACCUACUCCAAAAUGGCAUUCUAAAAAAGCAGCAGCCGCGGCUGCCGUUACAGCUUCCACUUCUUCAACUGCAGCAUCUACCUCUGCCUCUGAUUCUAACAUAACUACAAACACUGCCACAAUUGCAACAACGGAAUCCACGGGUACAGACGAUCCUUCCUUGAAAACGCAGGAAGAAGAAGAGAUUGUGAAGAGAAUGAUGAAGUCUCAGAUGAAAGAUCUGGAAGACGGCACCGCAGCCGAGCCGUCCCCUCCAGCUCCUGCUGUGGAGGAAGUCCCGAGUGUUCCUGUCAGUUUGCCGUUUGAUUUCGGCAGCGUUGACAUGCCUCAGACGCCGAUGAUGCCUCUGAGCAUGUAUUUGACUGAAAGCCCGGGCAACGCGGACACAUCGUGGCAGCAGAACAUGAUGCUUCCUCAGGGUCCAGGUUCUCAGCAGGUGCAACCUGACGUGCAGCAGCAGCCCCAGCCUCAAAUGGGGGACAAUCGAAACAACCCAGUACCUCAGCACGAGUUGCAAAAUGUGACAGCCACCUUACCUCCGACGCACCAACUUGGUCCCCCGGACAUGCAGGGGGCCGCCGGAGACCCUUCGUCUCUCCCUAAAUAUGACAUGUCCAGUCAGGCCUACCAACAACCACAGCCGGGGCUUCAUCAUUGGUAGCAGGACAGGGAGGGGGGUAGGGGGGGAGACUUAUUUUUGCAUUGGGCAGCUCGUACUUGGCUUUAUUUAUGUACCAAAUGAACACAAAUAUUUUUAUGUUGUUUUUACAUUAUCACAACAUGACCGUUAUGCAUUUAUCAAACUUGAUAUUCAUACUGUACCUAUUCUCAGUACAUUGUUUAGCAAAAUUAUUUUACCUCUGCCACAGUUUGUACUUGUACUUUGUGAAAUGACUCAUCCCUCGAGUUGUUCCUGUCAUAUUUUGUGGAGGGUUUUUAUCAACAGGAGGUGAUUGGAUGGUAUCUUUCUUGAUACCAUAUAUGUUUCCAGAGCUUAGCUUCCAAUUUUUCUUUUCAUUUCACGUCUAGUCUACCACUAUUGGUUCUUGGAGUAUUGUUGACUAGUUAGUAUUACAUAUUCCUUCCUGCUGAAUGUCUUUUAAUUACUGUUGCACAUUAUGUUAUUUGCGGACCUUUGAUUAGAUCCUAGAGUAAACUCCACAAAAAGAAGAAAGAACGAAGAACUUUUACUUCUACAUUAGAAAAAGGAGUCUUCAAAAAAAGCUUUGAGAGCAAGGCAGUUUGUGGUGCAGUGUGAGAGGAAAACACCAGAUGGAGCCAAAAGCCCCGAAAGAGGAUUCAUUGUAUUAUAUUAUUAUUAUAAUAGCACUUUUGGGUGGAGAAGAAAUGAGAUGAUGGGAUUAUUGUUGAUUUCUUUUCGCACCUCAAAACCAAGCUACAUGUGCUAAGUACUGUUUCAAGUAAUGUAAUUUAUUAUUGCAGUUUUUCCAUUUUUCCAAUCUGUCUUGCAAGCAGCUCACAAAAUGAACAAAGUUAAAGACAUCAUAUAUUUUUUAGACAUCUUUGCCUUUCCAGUGCUAUGUUUAUACAAAGCACCAAAUGGUACCAUAAUGAAUCAUGUUCUUGACAUAGUCAGCAUGGAGAUCACUCAGAAUAGUCAGCAUGUCAAUACUGUAGGUAGAGAGUGGUCUGACUGUGCUUCUUUGAAAUGUAUGUUCUGAGUUUGAGUACAGAGAAUAUACAUUGACACAAUCAUUGUCAUAUUGUGCAGGGAAGACAAGACAGAUCUAAUUGAGAUUUAAGCAGCAGAAGGAGAAAAAAAAAAGAAA